UUUAAGAAAGAGAAAGCGGCGGAACUGUUGCCUUCAGCUUCCUAACGAGCGCUUCUGUUAUGCUUCAGCAUUCCGUCUCAGAGGACUAAUGGCAUUUCGGAAAGCAGUGAAAGGGACCCUGAUAGGGGGCGGGGCCAUAGCUACAGCCUUUGGCCUAUCACAAUUCAUCGAAUACAGAAGGAAUCAGGCUCGGCUGGCGUACAUGGAGGCCGAAGGGCAGCUGAAGAUGCCGUUUGAGGACAGACUGCCGACGCGUGAGGAACAGCUCGCCACGCUGCAGAACACGCCCGAAUUCGACGUGUUGGUGGUGGGCGGCGGAGCUACCGGAUCAGGAUGCGCUUUAGACGCAGUCACACGCAAUCUGAAGACGGCCCUGGUGGAGAGGAGCGAUUUCUCAUCGGGCACCAGCAGCAGGAGCACCAAGCUGAUCCACGGUGGAGUGCGUUAUCUGCAGAAGGCCAUCAUGAAGCUAGAUUACGAACAGUACAUGAUGGUGAAAGAGGCGCUACAUGAGCGCGCUAACCUUCUGGAGAUUGCUCCUCACCUGUCCGCUCCACUACCCAUCAUGCUUCCUGUUUACAAGUGGUGGCAGCUGCCGUAUUACUGGGCCGGAAUAAAGAUGUACGACCUGGUGGCUGGAACUCAGUGCCUGAAGAGCAGCUACAUCCUGAGCAAGAGCAAAGCCCUGGAGCUUUUCCCCAUGCUGAAGAAGGACAAGCUGGUCGGAGCCAUCGUCUACUACGAUGGUCAGCACAAUGAUGCCCGCAUGAAUUUAGCUAUCGCUCUGACGGCGGCUCGCUACGGCGCCACUGUCACUAACUACACAGAGGUGAUGCAGCUGCUGAAGGCUACGGACCCGGCCACGGGUCAAGAGAAAGUGUGUGGAGCGCGCUGCCGAGACGUGAUCACGGGCCGGGAGUUUAACGUUCGUGCCAAGUGCGUCAUCAACGCCACGGGCCCCUUCACUGACUCGCUGCGCAAAAUGGACAACCAGAAAGCAGCCAACAUCUGCCAGCCGAGCGCCGGAGUGCACAUCGUCAUCCCCGGAUACUACAGCCCAGACAACAUGGGGCUUUUGGAUCCCGCCACCAGCGAUGGGCGUGUCAUCUUCUUCCUGCCCUGGGAGAAAAUGACUAUCGCCGGGACAACAGACACGCCCACGGACGUGACGGCCCACCCCAUCCCCAUGGAGGAGGACAUCAACUUCAUCCUGAGCGAGGUCCGACAUUACCUCAGCCCCGACGUGGAAGUGCGGAGAGGAGAUGUCCUGGCAGCCUGGAGCGGCAUCCGUCCACUGGUCACUGACCCCAACUCUAAAGACACCCAGUCCAUCUGCCGCAACCACAUCGUCAACAUCAGCGAGAGCGGCCUGGUCACCAUCGCCGGUGGUAAGUGGACCACCUAUCGCUCGAUGGCUGAGGAGACCCUGGACGCUGCGAUAAAAGAACACAAGCUUCAAGCCGGACCGAACAGAACCACGGGACUGAUCCUGGAUGGAGGGAAGGACUGGACCCCAACCCUCUACAUCAGACUGGUCCAAGACUACGGUCUGGAGAACGAGGUUGCCCAGCACCUCGCCGCUACGUACGGAGGGAGGGCGUUUGAAGUUGCCAAGAUGGCGCAGGUCACAGGAAAGAGAUGGCCCAUCGUGGGGAAACGGCUGGUAUCGGAAUUCCCUUACAUUGAGAGCGAGGUGAUAUACGGUAUUAAAGAGUACGCAUGCACAGCCAUCGACAUGAUCGCCCGGAGGACGCGGCUGGGUUUUCUGAACGUCCAGGCAGCAGACGAAGCUCUUCCACGCAUCGUGGAGCUCAUGGCCAAGGAGCUGAAGUGGAGCGAGGAGAAGAAGAAAGAGCAACUGGAGGCAGCUAAACAGUUUCUGUACCAGGAGAUGGGAUACAAAGCUCGCUCUGAACAACUCACUAAGACGUCUGAGAUCUCACUCACACCCGAGCAGGUGGCCAGAUAUAAGAAGCGUUUCUACAAAUUUGACAAAGAGAGCAAAGGCUUCAUUACAACUUUAGAUGUGCAGCAUGUUCUGGAGAAACUGAGCAUUCAGAUUGAUGAGAACGCCCUCCACGAGAUCCUCAACGAGGUGGAUCUGAACAAAAAUGGGCAGGUGGAGCUGGACGAGUUUCUGCAGCUCAUGAGUGCCGUCCAGAGGGGGCAGAUCUCAGACAGCCGAUUGGCCAUCCUGAUGAAGACAGCGGAGGAAGGGUUGGACUCGAGAGGACCCGUGUCGGUGGACCGCAGCGGUGGAGGAGUGUGAGAACUUCAGCGAGAACCACAGAUCUAACCAGGUGUCCACUGAAAGGCAGAGAUUUUUUAAAAAAGAAAGACCUCCUGAGUUCUUUUAUUAUUUGGAACUUUCAGGUUGUCUUGCGUUUAGCAGAGUUUAGCAGGAACACUUUCAUACGAAUGUCUGAAAGUGUUCUUUUACACACCGAGGGAACGAAUUAAGACAAUAUUUGCUUGAGAGUGUGCCAAAAACGCAUCAUCAUCAUCAUCAUCAUCAUUAUCACCUGACACUAUUUAACCAAUCAGAAAAUGAGAUUUUCAAGAUUAAAUACACAACUAACAGCUUCUUCGUUAGCGUAGGUGUGAUUAACGCCUAGUCAUAACCACUGACCAAUAACUUAAUAACGGCGCCAAACAAGAAGAGAGUCCGUAUCGACACACAAUGAAACCAAGCAAACGGUUGCAACUUCUAAGUUGACCAAGUCGGGCACUUAGUGCUUGGACCCCGUAAUCACUGUUGAAUUUAUAUACAGUUAUAUACGAUUUUAAUAUUCUUAACUAUUCAGCAGUAACACAAAAGCAAAGUUAAAAACACUGAUCAGUGAUGCAAUACAAGAAGUAACCUGCUCUCUCUUGGCACCAAACUUGGUAGGCGGGGUUAAAACCACACCCAGUCAAUGUUGUGGUGCUAUAAUUAGCUAUAAUGCACAUUACAUUUACAUUCUCAUGAGAAACAAGCAUCUCCAUUCCUUAUGAUAUUAUAACGUCUGUCGGUUGAAUAUUUAUCGAACCAAAUAACAAGUUAUAACUUCCACAUUGGCGCUUGGACUCAUUAAACACUUAAAUUUCGGUAGGAUUUUCAGCGUUCUGGCAACCUUGGGUAAAUUUUGAGCGAAGGUUGAUUGUAUCAGCGUGUAGAACACUGCGUGUGAUACUGUAGAUACUGUUGUAUUUUGUUCCUGUUGCUGGUUAGCAUGUCCGGUGCGUGACGAGUGUCCCAGCACCUUUAUUAUCAUGUUUCUAGCUGUGCCAUUUGGACUGAGUGUCUUGUCCAAAGACUCCUAAAUGACUGGCGUAAACGUGUGCGAGAUGCUGCGGGCCGAGCUACUGUGAUGCACUUUUCCUGCACGUCUUCUCCUCUUCCUGUUCAUGUUUACACUUGCUGCACGAUUUUACACAUCUACUGAUACUGAUUUUCCAGCACUCCUGCCAUUUCAGUUAUCUGUUUAUAUGAUAUGUCACUGAUUCUAAGGGAAUAAUCGAAAUUUGGGACCAAACGAAAGCAAAACGAUGCUCCAUCACUUGGGCUGCUUGGACCCCGUAAUCGCUAACUAGCACAGUCCCGUUGUAAUAGUGCUAGCCUGUAGUGUUCGCUUGUGAUUUUUUUUUUUGGUAUUGAAUUAAUGUUUUGUUUGUUUGUUUUUUUUCCUCCUGAAUACGCACAAUGUUUUUGAUCCAGUUUUAUUCAAUCAAAAAUCCAGUCAGUCGUAAAUCGAUUUGUUUGUACGACUUGUUCCUGCUUGUGAGGCUUAAUAUAAUUUUAAUCGAAUUAUUAUUAUUAUUAUUAUUAUUAUUAUUAUAGAUGUUUAACAGGAUACAUAGUGUACUACUGCAGUCUUUAGCAAGUGCUAGCUUUAUUACGCAUUUAUAAAGAAUACAUUUAAUGUGCCUUGUUUUCUAUCAAGAGAACACUGGAAAUGAUUACACAAUCGUAUAUUUUACUAUUUUAAUUUAUUUGUGUAAUAAUUAUACCUAUUAUUAUUAUUAUUAUUAUUAUUAUUAUUAUUAUUCAGACAGUAAAUCCUGAGAAAGGCCACUUUUUUUUUUAUUGUACCCAGAUCUCUGGACACGGUGCGACAGCUGUUCCAGUGUCAGCGUCUGAUCCAAUAGGGGUUAAAUGACCGAUUUGUUUGUCAUAUGUUGUGUCUGGAUGAAAUUUCACUCCGUUCCUGACUGAGAGAGAUGCGUUUCAGGAAAAAAUAAAUAAAUAAAUAAAUAAAAACUGUACAGUAAAUGACUCUGCAACACCUGAGAAAUGCAAUUAUGGAAUUAAACACAAUGAAAGACAAUGAAA